CGCAAAGAUAUUAUUGCAAUACUGUUACAAGAGUUGUUCUCUCCGAGAAAGCUCACGAAAAGCGAUCAAUUAUUAUUAACGAAGUGUGACAGUUCGUGUCAAACCAGCGAAACGAUUUUGGCGUUUCGACUAUCUUUUCAUCUAUCACCUCCAAAACACGCAAAAGGAUGCCCUCUUAUCGGCCUUGGGGCUCGACGGAGGAUGGUCGGAUAGAAUUUGAAUCUUUAACAGACGAAACCUUGGAGGGUGCUCUCGACGUGAUAAGGAAGAGCUUCUUCGUCUACGAAUCCGUGUCUAAAGCUGUGGACUUGAAUUCUGAACCGGGAGCAUGCAAAGAACUUGAAGAACUUUGUUUGAAUGCGGCUAAGGAUGGCGUCAGUGUAGUGGCUAUUGAUACCACCAGUAACGAGGUUGUUGGCGUCUGCUUCAAUAAAAUUCAAGUAUUCGAUAGCAGUUCGGAAAAGAGCUACUUUGAGCGCUUCAGCGACAACUGCCAAUAUAAAUCAUCCAAGUGUUUGGUGGACUUUAUGAGAAACGUUGAUUCAAGGAUAAAUCUCUUCAAGCAUUACAAUGUCAGUUGCAUCCUCGAGCUCAUGUUCCUGGCGACUCAUCCCGCUUACGGGAAACGACGUAUAGGUGAGCUGCUCGUUAUUUCAUCAUUAGAACUUGGCAAGGAACUGAAACAUGGUAAAAAUGUGAGGACAUCUGUCACGAUACAUGAUAACGACGAGUUGACAAACGUCGACGAGAAGCCAACCUUGGCUUCCGCAAUUAUGACAUCCAAUUACUCGCAACGAAUUGCUACAAAACUCCAUUUCGAUCAGUUGAUGGAAAUUUCCUACGAUGAAUUCGAAUUCAAUGGUAAGAAGUUCAGCGAGAAAAUAGAUCAAGAACACCAAAAGUGCGUCUUAGUGGCCAAGAGACUCGCGUAAUCAAUCACGCAAUUUUGGCAAUUUCUGUAGACAAAAAUCGCGACUUUGUUAACGUCUUUGCAUUGACUUUCUGACUAUCUCUCACCAUCUCGAAUUUUCAUCCACAUAUUUAAUAAAGUUAUACAUAAUAUACAUUUAAUAAAAUUAUACAUAAUAUAGUAUAUAAAUAUAUAAUACAAUAAUAUGCAUUUAUGAUGCUUAUGUGCAAUGUAAUCUCAUAAGAUUACAGUAAGAUCAAAUUUUGUACAAGACUUUAAAUACAUUUCUUAUAUAUGCAAUAAAAAACUUAGAAAAACA